UUUGAUGUUGGGAGUCCUCGCCUUGUUUCGAGCUCAAAUGCACUAUUUGUUGCUGCCGAGCAACAUUACUUUCAACUUGCAGGGCCGCUCCACAGCAGAGCAACUUUUGUUUUGUUUUAUACUUUGGCCGUAUCUGAGCGCAACAAUUUAGGGAGGUUUAGGUUAAUAGGAAGUUUCAUUUAUUUUUUCAAAGGAGCCCUCCGCUGAUUAGGGUAAUUUUCAAAGCAACAUGCCUCAGCUCAGUAGUGGCGGAGGAGAUGAUCAAGGAGCAAACGAUGAAAUGAUAUCCUUCAAGGAUGAAGGCGAACAAGAUGAGAAAAUUCAAGAAAACGCUUUCACAGAAAGGGACUUAGCUGACCUCAAGUCGUCUCUGGUGAAUGAAUCGGAGACAAAUCAAAGUUCGAGCGCAGCGGCGGUCAGACGAGGUCAGCAAAACGAACAUAGAGGUUAUCAAGAGAAACACCGGGAGCAUCUCGACAGCGUGUCCAAACAUCAAGAUGGAGGAAUGUAUAAAACAGCGUAUCCAGGGUACCCGUUUCUCAUGCUGCCUGACCCAUACAUCCCCAACGGAUCAGUGUCACCAUCUUCCAACAAAGUUUCAGUGGUCCAACAGUCUCACGGGAUGCACCCCCUGACGUCCCUCCUGCCCUACAGCAACGACCACUUCAACCCCAGCCCCCCCCACCUGCCCACAGACAUGAGUCAGAAAGGCAUUCACAGGCCCCAGUCCCAGGACAUCUCAGGCUUCUACUCCCUACCCCCUGGCGGUGUAGGACAGAUGCCCCCCUCCAUGGGCUGGCAAAGUCAGCCUGUCUAUCCCCUGUCCUCAUGUGGAUUCAGACAGCCCUACUCCUCCAGUCUCCCCAACAGCUCUUCCUACCCCAGGUUCUCUCACUCUCUGAUGCUGGGGCCAGGCAUGCACCCCACGGGGAUCCCCCACCCAGCCAUCAUGCCCCCUUCAGGCAAACUGGACCAUCAUGACCAUUACGACAGGAACAUGUACGCUAAGCCUCACCAGGAGCCCAAGCGGGAGAAGGAGCCCAAGAAGCCGGUGAUCAAGAAGCCUCUGAAUGCUUUCAUGCUGUACAU